CGUUCCGUGGCUGAAUUCGCGCCCUGCACGCGCUCUCCCACGGCCCGUCCAGCAAAGCGGCGCCAAGCAGCGGCCCCGCGUGCCCGCGCGCCUGCGCGCGGCGCGGCCGUUAGCGCGCAGCCCCACGAGCCGGGAGCGUGUUUCUUUAAGAAUGUAAGGUGGGUGAGCCCCUUUUCCCUGACGCACGCCUGGUAUGCAAACAUAAAUUUAGUAGCAACGUGUUUGCUGGGGAACAAGUGUCAUGUCGUCUCCGGCGCUUCUCGCCUGACGUUCACCUCUUGAUUCUCUGCGUGCGUGCGGCGUACGAGGAAACCGGAGCCGCCGCGCGGAGAGCACAGCGGACCUCUUCCCCGCGAGCGACCGGACGGAGCGGGACGCACGGCAGACGGAGACGGGGGGUGAGAGCGCGAGAGAGCGGGAAUCCGAGCUGUCGCCCCGGCACAGUUUGAAAACACGUUGCGUUUAAGAGCCGUUGAGAUGACGCGGUCCUAUUUGUGGACGCCCGCAGUGAUGCUUCUGGCUGCGUUUGUGGAGGUUGCCGUGUGGGCUGACGAUGGGGCUGCAGUGUUCAUCAGAGAGUUCACUCUGAUUCGGCGAGACCACCUCCACGAGGAGCCUCUUCAUGACAGCAGCCAAAAAGCUGAAGACCCGAGCUCGCGGACGGCCCGGUCCGAGGAGGACAGGGACACGCUGUGGGACGCCUGGGGCUCGUGGAGCGAAUGCUCACGCACCUGUGGAGGAGGAGCCUCCUACUCCCUCAGACGCUGCCUCAGCUCCAGGACCUGCGAAGGACAGAAUAUCAAAUAUCGCACGUGCAGUAAUGUGGACUGCCCUGCAGAGGCCGGGGACUUCCGGGCCCAGCAGUGUUCCGCCCACGCAGACGUGCGCUACCAGGGCCAGUACCACGAGUGGCUGCCGGUGUACAACGACCCGGACAACCCCUGCGCCCUCAAAUGCAAAGCCAAGGGCUCCGGGCUGGUGGUGGAGCUGGCGCCCAAGGUGCUGGACGGGACCCGCUGCUACACCGAGUCCUUAGACAUGUGCAUCAGCGGCGCCUGCCAGAUCGUAGGCUGCGAUCACGAGCUGGGAAGCACAGCGAAGGAGGACAACUGUGGCAUCUGCAACGGCGACGGAUCCACCUGCCGGCUCGUGCGAGGGCACUACAAGUCCCAGCAUGCCUCGGGAAAAACUGAGGACACCGUGGCCAUCAUCCCCUAUAAGAGCCGCCACGUGCGUCUGGUUCUGAAAGGCCCGGAUCACUUGUAUGUGGAGAGCAGGACUCUACAAGGGGUGAAAGGUGAACUGCUCGUAGACACAUCAGGGCAGUACCACCUGGAGAACACCAGUCUGGACUACCAGAGGCUUUCUGAUAAGGAGGUCCUGAGGAUCGCUGGCCCACUAGGAGCGGACUUCACUGUCAAAGUGCAGUUCAGCGGUGGAGCGGACAGCGUGGUCCAGUACAUCUACUACCAGCCCAUCGUCCACCGCUGGCGAGAGACCGACUUCUUCCCGUGCUCUGUGACGUGUGGUGGAGGGUACCAGCUGACCUCUGCAGAGUGCUUUGACCUUCGGACGGGUCGGGUGGUCGUGGACCAGUACUGCCAUUAUUACCCGGAGAAUGUCAAACCUAAACCCAAGCUGCAGGAGUGCAACAUGGAGCCCUGUCUGGCCAGUGACGGCUACAAGCAAAUCAUGCCCUAUGACCUGUACCACCCUCUGCCCCGAUGGGAGAGCAGUCCCUGGACCGCGUGCUCCCUGUCUUGCGGCGGCGGCAUCCAGAGCCGCUCCGUUUCCUGCGUGGAAGAGGAUAUGCAGGGAACCAUCACGCCCACCGAUGAGUGGAAGUGCCUGUACUCGCCCAAAGCCGCCAUCCUGCAGCCCUGCAACGCCUUCGACUGCCCCACAUGGCUGGCACAGGAGUGGUCCCCGUGCACGGUGACCUGUGGUCAGGGUUUGCGCUACAGAGUGGUGUUAUGCAUCGAUCACAGAGGACUCCACACCGGAGGCUGCAACCCCACCACCAAACCCCACAUCAAGGAAGAGUGUCUGGUCACCGUGCCCUGCUACAAGUCCAUCGAUUCGCUCCCAGUAGAGGCCAAACCAGUGUGGCAUAAACAGGCCAUCGAGCUGGAGGAGGAAGUCUCAGUGACCGAGGAGCCAACCUUCAUCCCCGGCCCUUGGCAGCAGUGCAGCCGGACGUGCGGCGCCGGAAGCCAGCGCCGGGUCGUCAAGUGCCAAGUGCUGCUGUCCUUCUCGCAGACGGUGGCCGACCUUCCUGACGAUGAGUGCGAAGGCGUCAAACCCGCUGCCACUCAGCCCUGCUACCGCACUCCCUGCUCCGCGGGGGCGGGCCAAGGGGGAGGAAGCAAGAAGGGGGAGACGCCUGAGAGAGAGGACCUGCACGACUGGGAGUACGAGGGGUUCACGGAGUGCUCCGAGAGCUGUGGUGGAGGUGUGCAGGAGGCCGUGGUCAUCUGCCUGAACAAGCAGACGAGGGAGGCGGCGGACCAGCGCCUGUGUGUGAGCUCCCGUCGCCCACCGCAGCUCCUGCAGGACUGCCAGACGCAGGCCUGCCCGCCCAGGUGGGAGACAGGCGAGUGGAGUUCAUGCUCCGCUACCUGUGGGGUUGGUCUGAGGACUCGUACCGUGGCCUGUACGCAUCGACCCUCGCGAGACAGCAACCAGACGGAGCCUCUGAGGCCCGAGGACUGCCGCCAUCCCAAACCCAGUCCUGUCCAGGCCUGCAACCGGUUCGACUGCCCCCCUGCGUGGCACACGCUGGACUGGGAGCAGUGCUCCCAGAGCUGCGAAGGCGGGGUUCAAAGGAGGCGGGUCCUGUGCAAGCAGCGUCUGGCCGACGGCAGCGUCCUGGAGCUGCCCGACACCUUCUGCCCCUCAAAGAGCCCCGCAAAGCAGCAGCCCUGCGCAACACACGAGUGCCCACCCCAGUGGGUCAUCACCGGCUGGUCCCAGUGCUCGGUGAGCUGUGGAAAUGGAAUUCAGAGGCUUCAGUCAGUCUGCAGAAAACGAGGGGAAGCUCAAACUUUGGAUCCUAAAAACUGUUCCCUGAAGGCACAGCCCAGCAGAAUCCACCCAUGCUAUCUGAGGCCCUGUGACAACUCAGUCAAGCCUGAUCCCGUCAUACUGGCCCAGAGGAAGGUUUCCAUCCAAUGGAAAAAGGGCAAGAAGUUACAGUUGGUGGUGGGAGGCUACGCUUACCUCCUGCCCUGGACAACCGUCGUCCUUCGAUGCCCCACUCGCCAUUUCCGAAAGGUCCACAUCCGCUGGUUGAAGGAGGGCAAGCCCCUCAGCCUCCCACACGUCUCCACCACACCGCUUGGAUAUGUGAAGAUUCAGCAGCUCCACGCAUCCGAUGCUGGGGUCUACACGUGUGUCGCAGGGCGCGCUAGGGAACAUCUGGCCUUACACGUCAUUGGCAGCAAGCAGAAACUCUCUGUUCCAGAGUCACGGCUCCGCUCCGGCGGACAAGCAAACGCUGGGACGGCAGACGUGGCUUCCGUCCUCUUCAACCAAUAUGACCACAUAGUUGAGCGUUUGCUUGAACUCAGAGACUUUGUCCAAAAUGGAAAAGAUAUUAUCGCUGAGCCACAGGUCGGUAAAAACAACAUGUCAACCCUGGAGGGUGAGAGCGCGGGCGGAGGGCUUUCCUCGCCGCUAGUCCUCGCUGCUGAUGCCCACAGACUGGACCAGAUUGUCCACAGCCUCUCUGAAGGACAACGGGGAGAACAGCUGAUCGCCCAGCUGCUCAGCGAGCUCACUGUGACACAGGGGGAGAGCAACGAGUCCACGCUCCAUCCUCCAGAGGCUGCGGAAUCGGCCACGCGAGGACCAGCGCUGCAUAAACCAGGUGUUAAAGCCCACGGCUUUGGGCCACGAAGCCCAGUAAUAAUCCAGCACAGAAAGGUUGGAGCGGCGCCGCCGUCCGAAAUGCUCGUUCACGUUGGGCUGCCGGCUUUGCUGGAGAAACCAGUGGCUAGUUUAGAGCUGAGGUGUGAGGCGCUGGGGAAUCCUGAACCAUCACUGACCUGGACAAAGAACGGAAAAGAGCUGCUCUUUAACAGGAGGGUGGGCCUGUUACCCAGCGGUUCGCUGAGGAUUUGGGUUCCAAGCAAAGCGGACGAGGGUUUGUACACCUGCACCGCCAGGAACCGUUUUGGAUCCGCAUCCCUUUCAUCGUGGCUGCAGGUCGCAGGGAGCAAAGGAAGAAACUGUGACCAAGGCAGUGGGGUGGUAGCAAACGGCCUUAUUUGCCCCGAGAGGACUAAUGGCAGUGAGGCAGCUGAGCUGUGCUAUGGACAGGCCUGCGCCCUCAGGUGGCAAACAGAUCCGUGGUCGACCUGUUCAGCCACAUGUGGAGGAGGCUCUCAGACCAGGAGCGUGCGCUGCUUUCGGGGGCCUGGGGGCCGGUCUGCAGAGGUAGCGAGCCGGCUGUGCCUGGGCACCGGCCGGAGACCCUCGGACACCCGGCGGUGCAGCCUCGUGCCCUGUGCCCGAUGGGGUAGCACCUCCUGGGGAGAAUGCCAUGGUCAGUGUGUGGGCCCCAGCACGGCCACGCAGCACCGGCACGUUUACUGUCAAGACACAAAUGGAACCAAAGUGCCCUACAGGAUGUGCAGCGGGCUCCACAGGCCCAGCGCUCUCAGGAACUGCUCCACAGAGGCCUGUGCCCUCCAGUGGCGCGUGGGCCAGUGGACGCAGUGCACCGCCACCUGUGGGCGCCACGGCUUCCAGUCGCGCCUGGUGACCUGCGCGCACCGCCACACCGGCAGGGCCUCGCGGGAGCACCAGUGCAUGUGGAGAGCCCGGCCGCCCAGCUGGCAGCGCUGCAACGUCGCGCCCUGCGGCAGAGGGGAGUGUCGAGACAGCACCAGGUACUGCGAGAAGGUUCGAGAGCUGGAGCUCUGCCCUCUGCCCCAGUUCAAGAGCCGCUGCUGCCAUUCCUGCCGGAACACCUGAGGCCGCGUCGUGAGGAGGCUGGAGGAAACCUGGAUGCUUCCAAGACUGUGCCAACACAGACCUAAACGGUCUGUGACCCAUCCUGAAGCCAAGGAUGGGUUCGGAUGAGGAGACCCGAGUGUAGAGGAAUGUUUGGACGACCAUAAGCUGUAGUGGCUGUGACUUUUCCCCAAAGAUGCUGUGUAUCAGUUGAAAAUAUUGUGACAGAAUUUUAUGGAAUCUCAGCUUUACUUUGUUUUUAUUUUUAGUCUGAAGUUCAGCGUUCCUAAAUUAUGCAAACAUAUUUCUAUUGUAAGAAAUAGAGACUAGAAACUGUGUGUUUUUAUGAAGGGGAACCAGACCCGUCAGUGAGUUUCAGGGAUUUCCUUAAAGACAUAAUUUGAGUCAACAGUGGUGUAGAUACUGUAGCUUCAUCCAUUUAGUCUGAAACUGGUAGCAAAGAUCAGAAAGUGACACAGGUCCAGUAAUCUGAGAGCCGUUGUGAUGUGUGCGAGCGUUCUGGCCCGUUUGGUGUCGACCGCAGUCAUUGUUCAGGGGGUUUAAGGUGAGAAGACAUAAGGAUAGACACAGAUUUGAGCGAAUCACAAUGUUUUGCAAGGCUUGCACUAAUGGAGGGGUUUGACGGAAGCGAGUCAAUAUUUUGGAAAAAGACACUUAUGUUUGCACUCAACUCACCCAAGUCUUUGUUUACAAAAUGACUUGUGGUUUUUUUGUUUUCUUUUAGUUUGUGAAUUGUACCAGUGUCCAUAUAUUUAGUUUUCUCUUUUACUCUGAUUUUCCUUGUUAAUUAAUAUGUCGCUAUAACCACUUUGGGAGAUUACAGUAGAUGAGUAAGGUCAGUGUAAUUGUCCCUGACUUUUUUAUCCUGUCUGUCACAAAUUACCAUUUGAGGAACUAAAACCAAGUUACGUCUCCAGCCUUGGACAAAUUUCAGUUCUGGCUGAACACAAAAUAUGUGUGUUUGUGAAAUAUGUGUGUCUGCGUGUCGAGUUUGGUUCUAAUUUAAGACAGUUGGGGACUAAUUAUUGUACCAUAUUUACAUUUUGUAGUGGGUUUUGCACUUUUUGCAGUUACAGUAUGUCCUGGGUUUUAAAAUGCUUCACUGUCGAGCAUGAGCUACCUUAGCAGGAGACUCUGUCUUUUUCUUUGAGGUGUGAUUAUUAUUAUUUUUUUUUAUUAUUAACUCUACUCUUAACUUAUGUAGAUAAUUGUCUUAUCGUUUUCUUAUUUAUUUGAAUGUGUGUUCCUGUUCAUAUUUUUGUAAAUAAUGUAAAGGUCGCAUUUGACUUGUGACUUCCUACAGCUGAUAGUGUUGUGCAUGCAAUGGGGACCCUCUGCUGGUGACUUGUGAUGAUCUCUGCUCAACCCUGGUUUCUCAUUAAAUAAAACAACUAUACAUUC